AUGUUGAGCAAAGAUGCUGCGACAAGUGCCUCCAGGUCAAUGGAACCAAACGGAGCGGCUGCUGACCCAACAGCUUCGGUGGCAGCAGCCAAGCUGAAGCUGCUCUCGGAAAAUGCUAUCCAGCCUGACAAAGGGCUGUUUGCGCAGCUCUCGGAAAACCCGUUCUUCACUGCUGGAUUCGGUUUAGCGGGCUUGGGAGCAGGACUCACCCUUGCACAGCGCGGAUUUCGACAUGGAGCUAUACUCGUGCGCAGACGGAUGCUGGUUGACGUUGAGAUUAGUAUUAAGGAUGACUCUUACCCGUGGUUUUUAAAUUGGAUGACACUGUAUCAACGGUCGCAACUUACGAACCAACCCGCCCGCGGACAUGCGCAGACAACUUUUAUGAACUCUCUUCUGAACAGGCUUACACCGGGCAUGCGCCACCUGUCUAUCCAGACCGAGAAGAUCGAGCAUGCGAAUGGGGCAAUCCACACGCAUUUCGCUCUUAUACCGGGACCCGGAAAGCACAUACUCAGAUAUAAGAAUGCAUUCAUCUUCGUGAACCGCGUCCGAGAAGCCAAAUCGCGCGAUCUUCAAACCGGACGGCCGUGGGAGACCGUGACGCUCACCACGCUAUAUUCGCAAAGACAUCUUUUUGAAGAUCUGUUCAAGGAGGCGCAUGAAUACGCGGCGAAGACGCAUGAAGGGAAAACGGUCAUUUACAAUUCCUGGGGAGCAGAGUGGCGGCAGUUUGGGCAGCCCCGGCGAAAGCGGCCAUUGGACUCUGUGGUCCUGGACUCCGGGGUCAAGGAGCGAAUCGUGGCCGACGUAAAGGACUUUUUCUCAAGUGGAGCGUGGUACCAUGAUCGCGGCAUCCCCUACCGGCGUGGAUACCUUCUCCAUGGGCCCCCGGGGACCGGCAAGAGCUCCUUCAUCCAAGCCCUGGCCGGCGAGCUGGAUUAUGACAUCGCCGUUCUAAAUCUUAGCGAGAGAGGGCUUACCGACGAUCGGUUGAAUCACCUGCUCACCAUCAUCCCAGCUCGCACCCUGGUACUAUUGGAAGAUGUGGAUGCCGCCUUUAGCUCGCGGCGCGUACAGUCUGACGAAGAUGGGUACCGUGGUGCCAAUGUUACCUUCUCCGGCCUCCUCAAUGCGCUAGAUGGCGUUGCGAGCGCGGAGGAACGCAUAAUCUUCCUCACCACCAACCACGUCGACAAACUCGAUGAAGCCCUAGUGCGGCCCGGCCGAGUGGAUAUGACCGUUCGACUUGGCGAAGCCACCAGAUACCAGGUGUCUCAGCUCUGGGAUCGAUUCUACGGCGAGCUCGAGGAGUCUAGUGCCUACAAGAAGCUGUUCCUCGGCCGGCUGACGGAGCUGGGUGUGAUCGAGGACGAAGACGGCCGGAAGCAUGACCGCGCGACGGCGACCAGCGCAGCCGCUCUCCAGGGCCUGUUUCUAUAUAAUAAGGGCAACAUGGACGGCGCCAUAUCGAUGAUAGAAGGCCUGGUCAACCGUGACGCCGCAUAG